UGUGUGUGUGUGGUGUGUGUGCUAUGUGAUACCCCAGGUCUUGUUCCACAGACACAGGGAGAUUGACAUACAGGCCUUGGGCUCUGUAUACAGUAUGCUGUAAAGUCAGCCUGGACCUGAGCACUUCCUUUUCUUUUUUUCUUUCUUUCUUUUUUUUUUCCGUCAGUACAAUGUUUAGCCACUUCUGGGGCACCACAUAAUCACUUGUUUUGGUCAUUCCAGCCUUACUUAAAUAUUUAAAAGAAGAUGAGGCUCUGCGUUGUUGUGCUUCUUAUUAGUAUGCGAUUCCAAGUGGUGCUCUCAGCCCAGGGCCACUACGCCCAGAAGCUUCUGAACAACCUGAUGGAGAAUUACUCGAAGGCUCUGAGGCCUGUGGAGGACACUGACAAGGCUCUCAAUGUUACACUGCAGAUUACACUGUCGCAGAUCAAAGACAUGGACGAAAGAAAUCAGGUACUGACAACAUACCUGUGGGUGCGUCAGAUCUGGCACGAUGCGUACUUGCGUUGGGAUAAAGACGAGUACGACGGACUGGAGGUGAUCCGCAUCCCUAGCGAUCUGGUCUGGAGACCUGACAUUGUCCUUUACAACAAUGCUAAUGAAGAAGAUUCAUCUGGCCCUCCUGACACUAAUGUAGUGUUACGGUACACGGGUGAGAUCACAUGGGAUGCUCCUGCAAUCACAAAGAGCACUUGUGUGGUGGAUGUCUCCUACUUUCCCUUCGACAGCCAGCAGUGCAACCUUACUUUCGGCUCCUGGACCUACAACGGCAACCAGGUGGACAUUAACAUGGGUGGUUUGGAGAGCGGUGACCUCUCAGACUUUGUGGAGAAUGUGGAAUGGGAAUGUCAUGGCAUGCCAGCUGUCAGGAACGUAAUCAUGUAUGGCUGUUGCUCAGAUCCAUACCCAGACAUCACCUACACGGUUCUGCUGAAACGCCGCUCCUCCUUCUAUAUCUACAACCUUCUCCUCCCCUGCUUUCUAAUCUCCUUCCUGGCUCCACUUGGCUUCUACCUUCCAGCUGACUCCGGAGAGAAAGUUUCACUUGGCGUCACAGUUCUUCUGGCCCUAACCGUCUUCCAGAUGAUGGUAGCUGAAAGCAUGCCACCGUCCGAGAGCGUGCCACUCAUUGGUAAAUACUACAUAGCAACAAUGACAAUGAUUACAGCCUCCACCUCACUGACUAUCUUCAUCAUGAACAUUCACUUUUGUGGUGCAGAAGCCAAACCGGUGCCCCACUGGGCCAAAGUCCUAAUUAUCGACUACAUGGCGAAGAUUUUCUUUGUGUAUGAGGUAGGAGAGAACUGCACUAGUCCUCAAACUGAACAGGGCCCACCUUUAGUCGAGGACCCUCUGGCAAGUCUGGAAAAUUUCGACUAUUUCUCCAGCAGUUUUUACAGCAAUCAUCUAAAUGACGGGUAUAACAGAUAUAAUAACUGUGGCAGAGAUGCCAGAAAUCACCAGUCGAAUGGCUACCAUUUCAACGCACUGAACGGGGCACAUAUUCCGCCACAGUUCUCAUCAAGACAGAAAGCACACCAGUCCAAUUACAUACACCACAUUGGGCGAGAUGGUAAUGCAGUUAACCUGAGAGAAGAAAAACUGAGGCAAAGCGAUCUCUCUAUUCCUGAAAAAAUUCACGGCUACACUUAUGAACACAGCGCCAGCUAUCAGCACAAUAACGAGUGCACCAAACCGUUCACAAUGGAAGGGUACAGUAAAAAUACCAACAAGGAGUGCGCAUGUGUGUGCGAUCAGCAUCAGAAAGUGGUGCAGAACAUUGAGUACAUUGCCAACUGCUUUCGGGAGCAAAGGUCAAACCAGGCCAAAGGAGCAGAGUGGAAGAAGGUUGCCAAGGUAAUGGACAGGUUUUUCAUGUGGGUGUUUUUCAUCAUGGUCUUUCUCAUGAGCAUCCUCAUCAUGGCCAAAGCGUCAUGAGAUCAUUUGAUAUGAGUUGUGAUAUGACUUGCAUUUGUUGAAUCACACAGAACCUUGUUAAUGGAAUAGAAACCUGUUUCCUGUAGAACUCGUGAGAAAUGAGUGAUGGAUUAUUUGUGUAAAGUGAAUCAAAAUAUGAAAUAUAAGUUGCUGUCUAAAAGCUCCAGCUUCCCUGCUUUGAUACUGAGCUUGAGUUAGUGUCUGUGUGGAGUUUCUGUGCAAGCUUUUCUUGUGUAUAUACAGUUUCCUCUAGUUUCCUCCCAUGUCCGAAUUGUCAUGCUGGACAUAUAUAUAAAACAUUUCCCAUUCACACAGUCAAAUCAUGUUUCUAUGUGUGUGUAAGGAGUAAGACAAUCUGUUGGCACGUACACAUCAAUAAUAUAUAAUUAACCUCACAAGCACGCAAUCAUCAAUAAUUUCUAAACUAAUUAACUGAUUACAUAUAUAUUUACAGAAGAAAAACACUUCACGAACACAGAAAGAAUAA